AUACCGAGUUCUUAGAAGUCAAAUAAAGAUAAAUUAGACAAAACGAUUAGAUAGCUUGAAAGGCGGAUUAUUCGUUUUACCUCACAGAAGUUUUACAACUGUGGAUCAAUUAUUGAUCUCGUAAAUCGAUUGGGAAUAGACAAAUCAAGGAAAGAAAUAGAACUUGAGAAAAUAGCAGGAAUCUCAAAAGAAGCGAUACAGUGUGUUUCGACAGGAAUUUUCAGGAAAACGUUCAGAAUGUCAACAAUAGUAUGUCCAGAGUGUACAGUAGAAAAUCCUCCCUACAAACAACGAUGUGAGGUUUGUUACAGACAUUUACAUAAUCCUGAAUGGAGAUGCCAAAGCAAUGCCUGCCUCUACUUAAAUCCUGUUUCUGAUUUAAAAUGCUCAAUGUGUAAAAAGUCUCGGAAUGAAAGUGUUGGGAAAGGGAAACGUCCACAAUCUGCCGAUCGUCUAGGUAGAGAUAAAGGUCAGAAAGAACCUGUGAAAAGCAAUUUUUUAGGUGUUAGGCCAGUUGAUGAUAAACAUAGGAGACCACGUUCAGCCGAUAACCGUUUAGCAUCACGAUGGAAAUGUUGCCAAUGUAAAUAUUCUAAUGGUGUAGAUGAAGAUGUCUGUGAAAAGUGCAAUCAUAUGAAGGCUCCAUGUUGUAAUGUUCCCAAGGGAAAACAGUGGAAAUGUCAUGUAUGCGACAAUCUUACUUCUGAAGAAUUUAACAGGUGUAGCAAUUGUACAAAGAGGAGAAAAGAUCCAGAUCUACCAAAACCUGCAAAAGACUUAGAUAAAGGGAAAAUAAACCCAGUUGACAAACACUCAAAUGAUCAUGAAAAGAAGAGUCCAUUGCCUGGUGGGGAUAAAUGGACUUGUGAAAUAUGUUCUUUUGAAAACAUCAGUGUAACAUGUUCAAAAUGUGGCGUUGGUAAGCCUAGAGUUACUGGGAUAAACUUUAUAGACAGACCACUAUCUAAGCCUUUAAGACAUGAUCGUAGGCAGUCAGUCCGAGCUAAGAAUUUGAGAACCAUAAAAACAAGACAAGUAGAAGCAGAAUGGGCAAAAAUUGUCUUAAACUGUAAACAGGAUAAGAUAAACUUUACCGAUAAGGAUUUUCCACCAAAUGACAAUUCCCUCUUCAAAGUUCAUAGACCUGGUGGAAGCAACAUAAAAUGGAAGAGAUUAAAAGAUGUUAAGGAUGACGGGAAAGAUCCUAUACAUUGGAAAGUCUAUGACAAACCCACAGCAAAUGAUAUUAUGCAAGGAGAAAUUGGAAACUGCUGGUUCAUAUGUGCACUGGCUGUAGUGGCUGAGAGACAAAAGCUGGUUGAACGAAUUGUUGUUACAAAAAAUUACUGUCCUGAAGGAGCAUAUGUUGUACGACUCUGUAAAGAUGGCAUCUGGAAAACUGUCGUCUUAGAUGACCACUUCCCAGUAGAUCAGUACGAAAGACUAAAAUAUUCUAAGGCAAGAAGAGGCCAGUUAUGGGUUCCAUUGAUUGAGAAGGCGGCAGCUAAGAUGCACGGAUGUUAUCAAGCAUUAGGAUCUGGAAGGACAGUUGAAUCUUUGUCAUUACUUACUGGUGAACCAUGUGAACAUCUGUCCUUAAAUGAAAAAAUAGAUUUUUCAAAGACCAUUGAUAACAUGUUAAUCUGGUCAACAUUGACACAUGCAAGAGAUUGCAGGUAUUUGAUGUGUACAUCAUGUGAAACUAAAGAUGGAUUUACCCCAGAAUAUUGUAAAUCACUUGGACUAAUAACAGGACAUGCCUACUCUCUACUAGAUGUAUACGAUAUGGAUACUGGAGAAAAAUUGUUAAAAAUCAGAAAUCCAUGGGGUAGUGAAUCAUGGAAAGGCGAUUGGAGUGAUAGCUCUCCAAAAUGGCAGAAGGUCAAACCUGAGGUCAAACAGAAACUUAAACCAGAUGGAAACAAACAUGGAAUUUUCUGGAUGGAGUUCAAAGAUUUUAGAAAGCAUUUUGGUGAUGUAGACAUUUGCAAAACAAGAGACUGGCAUGAAACAAGAAUCAAGGGAUCUUUUCCAUCAUCUGCUGAUGGACCAUGGAAGUUUGUAAAAGUUUAUGUACAGAACAAAACUGAUCUUUGUGUAGGACUGCACCAAAAGAAUAAAAGAGGUAGCAGCAGCAACGAAGACUUUGUUGACAUGUUAAUAGUGGUGAUGGAAAUUAUGGAUGGUAAAAAGCUGAGAACCGUGGGUCAUAGUAAGAGAGACAUCAAAAGUUAUGUUGGAUGUGAAAUUGAACAUCUAGAAAGGGGAGAAUACACCAUUGCAUGUCUGGCUUUUAAACAUUUAGAUGGAGGAAAACAUGGAAGUCAUGUCCAGCGUGAUUUUGUCCUGACAAUACACAGUACACAGAAUAUUGUGGUAGAAGAGAAUGACUCUAUAAAUGCUGGGUACAAACAUUUUCUGGCAGAUACCUUGAUACAGUUAGCAGUCGAUGAAGGAAAGCAACAGAAUUUAAAGGAGAAUAAGGCUAGCACCUACAGUCUUGCCCUGGAUGGAAUUUUAUUGAUAGUUCAAAAUAAAGACGAAAAGGAGUAUCUCUCAAUACAGGAAGACUGUUCGAACUCAAGAAAUCUGAUGAGCACCAGGGGUUCUAUGUUUACACAAGAUGUAAUACCACCAGGACAUAGGCAGUUGAUAUUUUUAUUGACUAGAAUAGAUAACAGAGCUGGAUACAGUUGCCAAUCUUCUUCAUCAUACAUUAGUAGUAAUUCAUCAACCUUAGAACACUAUGGUGACAAGACAACAAUUCAUAAACCAGCAAUUCAGAGGGAGCUAGAGGGCCUACAUAUUCCUAGACCAAUUACAUGAUGUGCUUUUGUAGAAUUCACGAGUUAGAUCAGAAGGAAAUAAAGUUUUCCUCUUUUUUCUGAUCUUCAUGAUACGAAUAAAAGCCUAGGAAAUUUAACUUCUAGUUUGUAUUAUGUGUGGUAAACCAAUAACGUUUAUGUGGAUGAAUAUAUGCUAUUUUAAUUCCACAUAAUAGAAGAAUGUUAGUAAAAAUUGAUUAUUCGAUUAUAAUAGCAUGUGCUUGACUUGGAUAAAUAGUUGUGACAAAGUAAAAAUUGAUAAAUGCAUGUGUAGUUUUCGCUUAGGGAAAUUUACGGGUUUUUUCAACCACUAAUUAAACAAUUUGUUGAACCUUUUCAGCGUAAGAGUCUCUCCAGGUAAACAUUUGGUAACAUCGAUCUAAUUCAUACUUGUUAAUUCUCUAACAUCAAAAGAAGAAAAAUGUAGUAUGAUUACAACUUUUUAUCACAGAUCAAAUGACGUAGAUGUAAUUAACGUUUUUUUAGAAACAACAAGUAGUGUGAAGGGGAUUAUUAGGGUGUGUGAUGUUCUAGACUGAUAUCAUUAUGAUUGUAUUUCAUUGUUUCUUUUACAAGACAAUCAUGUUUGUAUUCUUUAUACUUUAUAAUUCUAUACAUUAUUAUUUCUAAAGGGAUGUUUUUGCUAGCAGCCGGUUGGAUAUUGAAUAUCGAAUAUCGAAUAACGAACCGGCUGCUUACUUCACAUCCAUCGUUUUUUUUAUCAUUUCAUGACUAUAUACAUUCAAAAUCGUUUUGAUAUUUAUUUUAGGAAGAAAUUGAUAUCGAUAUAAUUAGCAAACUAUGUAGGCGAACUACCCUUUUCUCUCUUUAUUAACCUUCAAAAGAUGACGAGCAUGAAAUCUGAUACGAUUUUUAAUGUUUCUUGAAUUCUAGUGUGUCUCUAUUGCUGUUCAUUCCAAAUUCUGACACAUUUGUCCUUUGUUUCACCAAAACAAUUUAUCAACUAAUCACUAGUGAAACACUAACAGUCAAGUCACAGUAAUUCACAUAAUAUGAGCUUAUGUCAUCACUUGGAUUUUGUCGUCUUCUAAAGGAUUUCACAUUUAAAACCAAAGGGAAAAAUGUUUGGCAGUUAUGAUGUAUGGCAUAUCCUUUACAAGCAAUUCUCCUCUUUUUCCUAUUUGUAAGAAAACCGUUACAGGUACUCAAGACCUCAGGGAUAAAGCUGCUGUUUUGGCUUAUAUAUGAAAACGAAAGCAGUGAGAUUAAACAAAAUGCAGCUACAAAUUAUCAAUAGGUGAAGAUUUAUCAAACAUGAAAUUUUCUUAAGAAUCGAACAUUCCAUUUUGGACUGUUUCCCUUGAAAUGAUAUUUCAACAACUUUCCCUUUUUUGGUUAUUGUCAUGCAAAGUAUUAAAAAAAAAGAACGACCAGUAGGAUAAUGAACUUCAAAUGAAUCAACAUGGUUGAAACAAAGUCGAUUCCUCAUAAAUGACCAAUUCUAUCCAUUUAUUGCUAUAAUCUUAUAAUCCUAAAAUGAUCUACAAAUAAGUCAACUUGGCCUAAAUCGACAGUCAAUGUCUUUUACAGAGUGGAAUUAUUGCCCUUCAAGUAUUAUUUUUAACAUAUUAUGUGAAGAAUUUUCCUUCUCCUGAAUAAAACCACAAAGCAAAUAAGCAUUUGGGAGAAACAUUAGUCAAAAUCACAAAUAUAGAUGCCAAGUGAACAAAACAGACUCCCUAGCGCUUCUUGUUUCUUGUUCUCAGUCAUUAUAUAAAUAAAACAUUCAUAAUUUGUGUUAAUUAUAAAUAUACAAUAUUCUUUAUUUUCUUAAUCGAGCACUUGUCUGUAAUAGAGCAUUUCCUUUAUAAUUCAUAUUUUGAAAUUUAAUAUGUAUACUAUCAUAAAUAUACUUACAUAUUUUGGAAAUUUGCAUUUUUAAUAAAUUUAUAAAAUCAG